CAGGGCACCUCUCUCUCUCUCUCUCUCUCUCUCUCUCUCUCACACUCUCUCUCUUUCUCUCUCUCUCUCUCUCUCUCUCUCUCUCUCUCUCCAUCAACAAAGGCUGCCGGGAUCGAUGACUUAGAGACACAGAGAGAGAGAGACUGAGAGAGAGAGAGAGAGAGAGACCCACACAGAGACAGACAGAGAGAGAGAGAGACAGAGAGAGAGAGAGAGAGUGUGUGUGAGACACAGAGAGAGAGACAGAGAGAGAGGCACACACAAAGGACGAUAGUUCAACAGAAGGCGCUCCGAUCGCCCGCCCCGCGGGUCCAUGGGUGGCGUGGAGGUGUGAGGCUCCCCCAGUGACUGAGGAAAGGCGGCUGCGUGGACAGAGCAGCACCCACCCCCACGGCCGAUGUUCAAAACAAUCCACGCGCAGGAGGAUGGGCCAGUGCAGAUGGAGAGUGUGAAGAGGAAGCGGAAGGAGACGAUCUCGACCCUCCGAGGAUCCAGGAGGAAGACCAACUCCAGCCCCGAGCCCCGGACCUCCUCCCGGUCCAGCGAGGAGCCUCGAGGCCGGGGUCGUGUGUCCCCUGGGGCGGUCAGCUCCUCCAGCACCGACAGCAAGAACGAGCAUGGGAAGCCGCAGCUCAAGGUCGACCCAGCUUUGGACCUGAAAGUGGUGAGGAGCCUCCGAGAGCGAACGCAGACUGAGGAUGAGCGGACAGAAUGCGCAAACCACAAGAGGAUGAAGAUGCCGGAAUUCAUCCAGCCCCUGUCGCCCUCAGACCUGGACAGUCUGGACAGCAACAGCCUGAACGAGGACAACAGCAGCGACCCGCGGGACAUCGACCAGGACAACCGGAGCACCUCGCCCAGCAUCGCCAGCCCCUGCGGGGCGGACAGCGACUCCGACUCCUCCGCCUCCCAGUGCCCGCUGGGCCCCUUGGCCGGCAGCCCACUGCCCGCUGAGCCCUCCUCCUCCACCUCCUCCUCCUCCCCCUCCUCCUCCUCCUCCUCCUCCUCCUCCUCCCCCUCCUCCUCCUCCUCCCCCUCCUCCUCCACCACCACCACCACCACCACCACCACCACCACCACGACCACCGCCGCCGCCUCCACCUCGGGCCUGCGUCAGCCUCAGGGCCAGGUCCAGGACCUCGGCCCCCCGCGGCCGCCUCCCUCCGCCCCUCCUUGGCCCGCCCACGCCCCCGCCCCCGCCUCCCCGGCCGCCGCCUCCUCCUCCGGCCCGUCUCGGGCCUACCCGUGCCCGAGGCCCGGCGACGGACCCCCUUUCACCGCCCGCCUGCCCCCGCCCCCCGCCCUCAAGCCGCUCGCCCACCCGUCGCCCCUCCCCUGCCAGGCCCCCGCGCCCGCCCUGCCGCUGAUGGCGCAGGCGGCGGGUCACCCGCCGGCCCCGCCGGUGAGCGCCCACCAGGCCCCCGGGCCCGCCCGCUUCGCCCCCGCCACCGCCACCGCCCCACCUCCUCCCGCCAACCCCUCGUCGCCCGCGGCCGCCCACCCGCUGCCCUGCCCCCCGGCGGCGGGCGGGGCCAGGCCUGCGGCCUACCUGCCGGCCGGGCCUCACGGCGCCAACCAGGCCUCAGGCCUGAGCGCUCGGGCCUUCUCGCCGCCCUCCACCUCCACCUCCUCGGCCUCCCUCGCCCCCUCCCCCUCGGUCAAGGCCUACUCCUCCUCCUCCUCCUCCUCCUCCUCCUCCCACUCCACCUCCACCUCCGGCUACGUCCAGGCCCUGCCCGCCGCCCACUACCUCAACGCGGGCCCGGCCGGGACCGCCUCCUCCUACCCGCUCCCGGGGGUGUCCGGCUCUCCCUCCCGCCUGCCGCCCUACCCCUUCCCCCCGCCCUCCUCCUCCUCCUCCUCCUCCUCCUCCUCCUCCUCCUCCCUCUCCCUCCCCGCCUCCUCCUCCUCCAAGCCCCCGGCCGCCCCCAGGCUCCGGGGGGAGGAGGCGCUGGCCCCCACCGAGGAGGGGGCGGGCGAGGAAGGGGUCCCCGACAGCCCCCCCGGGGUUCCGGCCCGCAGCCCCUCCCCCGAGCCCAGGGUGGUGGACACGGCCAGCCACGCCAGCCAGUCGGCCAGGUUCAUCAGACAUUUUGACCGUGGAUAUAACUCUUGCUCCCGCUGCGACCUCUACUUCGUCCCACUGCCCGGAUCCAAGCUGGCCAAAAAGCGGGAAGAGCUGCUGGAGAGAGCUCGGAAAGAGGCGGAGCAGAGAGUGAGGGAGGAGAAGGAAAGGGAGCGAGAGAGGGAACGAGAGAGGGAACGAGAGAAAGAGAUGGAAAGAGCAAUGAAACUCUCCAGCGAGACGCGGAUUCAGGACGCACUCUUGAUGGGGGCGGCCGUGGGUGGCGGUGGGGGCGGCGGCGGCCACCGGCCCCCCUUUGAGGCCCAGCCGGGCAGCAUAGCUGCCGUGCCGCCUUACCUCGGGCCCGACACGCCGGCCCUGCGGACGCUCGCUACCCAAGCAGUUCACCCGCUCCUUGACCCGCUGAGCAGCACCGGGCAGCUGACUCGGAUCGCCUACCCAUCAGGUACCCUCCCCAACCACCUCCUGGGGCAACACGUCUCCGAGCAUGAGAUCCUGCGGCACCAAAUCUUUGGGACACCAUACCGGGAACUGCAGGGGUCUGUACCCCCUCCAAUGUCGGCCGCUCAUCAGCUCCAAGCGAUGCAGGCGCAAUCGGCCGAGCUACAGCGAUUGGCCAUUGAACAGCACCAGCAAUGGCUGCAGGGUCACCAUCAGAUCCAUGGAGUGCCUCUACCUGGGCAGGAAGACUACUACAGAGUUUGGGCGAACUACUUUUCAAUGCGGAGGUGAAUCCGAUCGGUGGAGGAGUGCAUUCCCUCGGGCGUACAAGGGACUGACGGCGAGACGAUUAACCGCGAUACCCCACCACCACCACCACCCGGAGGACACGAACAACUGCGAGCUGCGCCUGGCCACCGCCCCCCCCACCCCCAACACACACACACAACCCCAAACCAACUCUGUACCUCCUCCUCCCUCCCCCACAGCGACCCCAUCCG